UCACAUCGACCGUUGAAUCCGUCGAAACUAAUGUUUAGGACCUUGAACUAAACAGUCCUUCCUUCAGUUGUCCAUGUGUCUUGUUGUUUUGAGAGUCUUGAUGGAUCUGCGAUUAGAACUUAAUCUUUCCCAGCCUUCGUGACACCACUAAAUGAGCCUCCAGCUGAAUAAAGCGAUGAGCAUGAUGAUCGGGUUUGAGGCUCCACCGGCUCCACGCAUCAUUAUGGAUGUAAUGGCUAUCAUGGCCAUGAUUGUAUGCGGCGAGACCUUGUACAACUGGCUGAAUUACUUAUAUCCCCCCAAAGGACAACCUCCGCCUAAAGAAGGCUCUGCUGACAAGAAAAGGAUAACAAAGUUAAGAAAACGACGUAAAUCGCCGAGAGAUCCGGCUCAAAGACAAUCCUAUUGGUGGCUGGAGAGUGCCAUGGGUCCAGCAUCUUUCGGAGUGCUCGUUUUGUACGCUUACCAAUUCCAUUGUUAUACACCGUUCAUCGGUGCCACUGUUUUAAAUUUCUGCCGUUACCGCAAUUGGAUGAUCUCGGCCCAGGAUAAAGAGGAGUUCUUCUCCAAUAUCAGUUAUCCGACGGGGGAAGUUUUGGCCUUAGGAUAUUGGAAUGGCUACUUGAAAGCCUUCUGCCAUAAGACGCCCAUUUACUUGAAUAAUGAACACAUGGAAUUUGACGUGGAUGUCAUCAUCGUCAUUCCGAAUUGUUGCACUUUCGCUGAGGCUUCGCUUUUGGAACACGGGUUUGAAGAGGUUGGAUCUCACCAGACGUGUGUUCCAGGGCGUGGCUUCAAUCAGCGGUCAGAAAUCACGAAAAAGGUCUACAAAUACAAAACUGACAUGGGAGAAAGUAAAUUUGUUAUAGUGGACUUUCCGAGCAAUCUGAGAUCGGGCAUGAAAGAGCCUAGGAUGCCUGCAGAACAUCGCAGCCGGAAUAUUAAGUCUUUCAAAAGAAAAAUACUUCAACUUUGGGUCGACUACAACGUGAAAGCUGCCUCCGCUCCAAUAAUAAUUGAUACCAAUGGAAAUCCGAUCCCAGAGAUCAUUGCCCAAAUCCAACAAUUAAGCGUACUUCGAUCUCUUGCUGCGUCUUCAAGCGACACUGACCAACUAUGAUCUCAUGCCAAAAACUAUACACAUUCUUUUAUUAGGCUUUUAUAAUGAGCUUAGGUACAAAAUCUAUAAGUAACAUUCUCGCCAACCAAGAUUCCGCCAGUUUUUGUCACAGAUAGGCUUUGAUGGUUUGACGAACCAUCCUCCGGCAAAUUGGACAAGACUUAUUCUGAGCCUGCAGCAAGGCUCCUUGACAUCCUUGGCAAAUGCACAAAUGCCGACAAGGCAGGAUCAUGAUACACUUUUCUUGAUCUUGGCAUAUCACACACAACUUGUCCUCGCGCUCACGUUCCACUUGCUCAAAGAGUAGAUCCUCCACAUCCUCAUCGUCCUCGAGCAAAUUCCGCCGAAGUCUGGCUUCCCGUCUGAGUAACAAUCGAUCGUAGUUUCGCCGUUUUCGCGUUUGUCGCUCUUGAUCCUCCGGGUCCGAAUCGUCCAAAGAAUAAGGCAAAGCACCCGGCUCCUCCUCCUCAUCGGGAUCACUAUCCCCGGCAUGAUGGAAUUGCGGGACAUGCAUAUGCGACAAGACCAAAGACACACCUUGAGCCACACCUAAGAUCAGGGCCAGGGCUCCUCGCACAAAAUUAAUAUACACAAAAAGGGUGAGCCGGAAAGUCGUUUCGAGCAGCCAUCGGGGCGUGAUCUCGUGGUCUCGGACAAGUUUUCGGACCAAUCGGUAACUGAGAUAGGAGAUCAUCACCCCCGAUGUGAGACCAAUGAACAUUUCCACUGGUGUCGAUUUGAAAGCCAUUGCCACUCGCUGGCAGACCUGGAAACAGGCCUCAAGAGCUCGUUGGAGACUCUGACCCAUAUGGGUGAGAAUUAUGGACACAGUUCUGGGUACCAAUUGAAGGAGCAAGAUAAUACUGGCGCCCAAGAGGUUGGAGCAAUGAACAAUGCCGCUCCAAAUUUGGCCACUCCCUCGAAGCAUGGUUUCGUACAGAUUCAGGACGUUUUUUCCCAUCAAUCCGAAUCCAUUCUGAAUGGCACCAAAGCAAGAAAUCAAUGUCUGACAAAGAUGAUCGACAGUCAAACCGACAAACUCGCCCACGGAAAGCAAGGAUUCCAGGGAUUCCGAGAGGAAAAGAGACAAAUCUUCGAGUGAAAUCCGGAUCCCGAGAAGAAUGGAAGACAUCCAAGAGCCUAAGAGGACCAAAACCCAUGAGACACACCCAACCACGACCUCACAUAGGCGGUGAUUGAGGGAAAUCAAAGUGGUGAGGGAUCGAGUCACGGCACCGCCCAGUCCAUUGACAAUCCUCAAAAGUACGUCGAUAGCCAUCAUGUGUGGAUACCUUGAAACGGUCUUGUGGAGACUACAUCGAGACUAUUGACGUGUUUCUUGUAGGGCAUUCACCAUAACAUGGGCAUUCACGAAGAAGACUCAAAAAUGUUUUGAUGCAACUUCAAAUCAGCUGACUAAGUCAGGGGAACCCUUUAAGUUUGGAGCCAAGAAAAGGCUCGAAUAUCUUGCUUUAUCAAAUGAACUUUGGCUUUAAAGUGGAAUUGAAGACUAGGAAAUGCAUCAUAUUACUUUGCAAUCUAACAUUGGCAUUAGAAGAUGUAUCAAAAAAUGAUGUUGUCCAUUUAACAACGGUCUUCCCGUAAUGUAUAUGCGCAGGUCUCUCAACCUCUUCUUUGUUUUUUUUUUUUACCUCAUAUAUGCUUUGACGCCAAAGAAGAAGCAAAUGCGGAAAUUCGGGAAUAAAUCAAAUAGGGAACACAAAAAUAUCAUGAGUCUAAUGUUCACAUGAGCAUAUUAACCGAGAACAAUUUAACCCUCAUCCAAACAAGAACCAAAAUAGGGUGAAUAAAAAUACACAUUUGACCUGUGUUUACCUUGCGUUCGAUAAGCGAUCGCUCUGUUUACGCACGAUGAACCUAACAAUUGUGAACUAUUCUGAUACAUUUAUUUACUCUAAUUCCCACCUAUCAAGUGCACCUGCAAGGCACGCGUAACAUGUAUAACUUUUUCAAGAGCCUAAAAUCCUUCCAUUGUUGCGUCUUCUUCGACCAUGAAAAAGGCGCCAUCUUCAUCGGGAUCUUCUACAUCUUGGUGGCGUUUGCCACCUCCGCGUGGCAAGUCUACGAGUUCUCCAUCCCUCUCGUGUAUUGGCAAGUCUUGUCACUGGUCAAAAACUUGGGCCUGAUCAUGGGGGUGGUGAGGAAGAAGAUCGAGUACUUUCUCCCUUGGUUGGUGGUAAUGGUGGCAGUCAUCCUCAUUGGACCCGUGGUGAUCAUCUUCAAGUUUCUGGAAUAUCAAGACACUCGGGAGGACCUCUUGGGACCAGUCAUUCUUGGUGUGGGAAUGUCUUUGUGGAUUAUCAAUAUGUAUCUUUGGUCAGUGGUGUUUUCAUUGUUCAAUCGAUACACGGACGAUGACGACCCAAUAAGUCCCAAUUACCCGACCCGGAAGAAUAAAAGAAAAUCCCACGCGAAGAACAAGGAAGUGGUUUGAUUGAUCAAAUCGUUCCUACAACGUUGACCCCUCUCAACGCUGUUUUAAGGAACUGUAUGCUUACGAAAAUGAAUAACUUUCUCUCACGUAGUUCUUUUACGUGGCUUUUAGAUUGUCUUCCGGCUUUUGAUAAGCUUGAAGUUCGUUUGAGAGAUCGCCUUGCGUUCCAUUUUUGGCUGUCAAUAUCAUUAGUAUUAAUAUAUGCGUUCCAGAGCA